CGAACAUUCAAAGGUCAUGGCCUAUGCACUCUUGGCGGGACAAAAGCAUAUUCUUAUCGUUAUCGCUAUCGUUAUCAUUGUCGGUCAAGUCCUGGGCCAAGGGUUCGAGGUCUUAUCCUUAUCACUUAUCGUCGGCGCUUUCAAGAUACGGCAUGUCUCAUGGAUCAAGCUCAUAGUGGAUCAUUUAAACUUGUAGUAAAUUGUCCAAGAGUUCCAUCGUCACUCUCUAGUUGAAGACUCGAACUCGAGUAAGCAAGAUUAACAUACUCGAUCAAACGCAGAGGUCAAUUCCUCUUUUGGAAACACGACAUCACAUUGGUGCUCGCAGAAUCUGUUGCGCUUCAAAUCCUCCUACCGACCAUCCAGGAUGUGCAUUAUCAUUCCAGUCCUCCCUCGACCAGAUCGGUAGUUCAUAGUUGCAAGGUCGCGUGCAACUGCUGCUCCGGAUCCUACUCCGUCGCAUGUAACGAACGACAUAGAGGUAUCGUGUCGAUGGUAUACACAUACUCCUACUCGGGUAGCGGAUGAAUAGAGGGGUGCACGUGAAUUAUUACGAUAGUACAUUGACCAUGGAGGAGCACGAUAAUGAUGCGCAACCCGAGCGCACCGGCCCUGUGCCUAUGUAUGGACUGAGCUCUAACCGAAGUAGCUCAAGUAUCUUCGAGGAUGUUGAGAUGGCACAAGACGAGCUCUUCUCUGGUCCUAUGGCAGAAAGCUUACCGACAAGUCUUUCGGCCUUUUCCCACCGACGUCAGCGCGCAGACUCCACGGCAAGCUUCGCAUACUAUAAUGAAGAGGAAAAUGAGCAGGAGCCGAUAUUACUAUAUAGAGAGGACGGGGCUGUGUCACUCGAUAUAGAGGAGACUCCGUUUGAUCUCGACGAGGACGAGAUAGAGGGAGAAGAGAGCUCGGAGCUUGAACUCGAAAACGGCGAUGCGUACGAUGACUAUGCCCUGCGUAGAAGAUCCUCAACACAAUCUAGGACAUCCGUUCAUGCGCGACUCAUUAGGUCGGAUAGUGGCGUGACGGAUAUGAGCACUCGUGGCCACGGUCGAGUCAGUCAGAAAUUACACAUGGUUAAUGAGGACCUCACCAUUGUAAUAGCUGGCUUUCGUACGAGCAAGCCCGGCUAUGCUACCUACAUCAGUAUUUGCAUCCUAACGUUGGGACUGGCGUACCUCCUCCUGCGAUGGCUUCCGCGAUGGCAAGUCAAAUUAAUCGGCGAGCCAUGCCCACUUCAUGAUUGUGAAUGGGUAGUACUUGAGAACCAAUGGGGUGAGAUGGCCAUUCUGAACGUACAUUCUCAAACCUAUAACCGUCCUAUCUCUACCGUAUUUGGAGCGCCGGAGAAGAUUUUUGCGCAAUUACUAGAAGACGAUGCCGACCCAUUGUUGCCCGAACUCCGGACUCUGAAUUACCGAUAUGUUCGCUUCUUCUUUCACCCACUAAAAGGGAAAUUCGUUAUAUGUAACGGAUGGAAGGAUCCUACGUGGAUUCGAGUACGAUCACUUCGCGCUGGCAUCGAUGGUGAGGAGAAAGAUCACAGGGAACGUGUCUUUGGGGCAAAUCUCAUCGAUAUUGAGCAGAAAUCUAUUCCACAGUUGCUUGUGGAUGAAGUUUUCCAUCCAUUCUAUGUAUUUCAAAUAGCGAGCCUUAUUCUUUGGUCCUUAGACGAAUACUAUUACUAUGCUGUUUGCAUAUUCGUCAUGUCGGCCGGCAGCAUUAUAGCGACUCUGGUAGAAACGCGCGCUACAAUGCGUCGCCUUCGCGAUAUAUCUCGCUUUGAAUGCGACGUGCGAGUCCUUCGAAAUGGCUUCUGGGCCCACGUUUCUUCAAGUGAUUUAGUACCUGGAGAUGUGUAUGAAGUUAGCGACCCUAGCUUGACACAAUUCCCUGCCGAUAGCUUGCUGUUGAGUGGAGAUUGCAUUGUCAACGAGAGUAUGCUUACUGGCGAAUCUGUACCGGUCUCUAAAAUUCCAGCUACGGACGAAACUCUCCAAAUUAUGAAUCUUGGGGCUUCCACAAUCUCACCCGAUGCUGCCCGCCACUUUCUCUUUUGCGGGACGAAAAUCAUUAGAGCAAGGCGGCCACAAGAUAAUCGAGAUGAUGAAGCCGUGGCGCUCGCUAUGGUGGUAAGAACUGGCUUCAACACGACUAAAGGUUCGCUUGUUCGCUCGAUGCUCUUCCCCAAGCCAUCUGGGUUUAAAUUUUAUCGCGACUCAUUCCGAUACAUCUCCGUCAUGGGCGGUGUCGCAAUACUUGGAUUCAUUGUAUCCUUCGUCAAUUUCAUUCGCCUAGGGCUGGCUUGGCAUUUGAUAGUUGUGAGAGCUCUUGAUCUGAUUACCAUUGUCGUCCCACCAGCUCUUCCAGCUACGCUUACGAUUGGAACAAAUUUCGCCUUAAGUCGGCUCAAGAAGAAGCAAAUAUUUUGUAUCAGCCCGCAGAGAGUUAAUGUGGGUGGAAAACUUGAUAUCAUGUGUUUCGAUAAAACGGGUACUCUUACGGAAGAUGGCUUGGAUAUUCUUGGUGUUCGGCUGGUGUCUCGAUCGACAAACCGAUUUGACGAUGUCGUCUCCAAAGCGUCAGAUUUAGUCCCUUCAACAAGUUUGGUCGGUAUUCCCGGGGAUAAGUACGAUGUAAACCGUGCUGCCCUAUUCACCAUGGCCACCUGCCACUCGCUUCGCUCUGUUGAUGGCGAGCUUGUUGGAGAUCCAUUGGAUGUCAAGAUGUUCGAGUUUACUGACUGGACAUUCGAAGAAGGCAAUCAGGGUGGUACCGACCAAGAAGAUGAUGAACAAGGUGGUCUAUCUCCUUCGGUUGCCCGACCGCCCCCAUUAGCCCUAUAUGGAACAGAUGGAUAUGGAAAUGCUCAAGGGCGAAACGUGCCAAUUGAACUGGGGAUAUUGAGAUCCUUUGAGUUCGUCUCGCAGCUUCGAAGGGCUAGCGUAAUCGUGAGGGCCUUCGGCGAGCAGAGCGGAAGCAUCUUUGUUAAGGGUGCGCCCGAAUGCAUGCGGGAUAUUUGUCGGGCUGAGAGUUUCCCGGACGAUUACGAGGAACUCCUAUCCUAUUAUACUCAUAAAGGAUACCGAGUCAUUGCGUGUGCCACCAGAUAUAUGAAAAAGUUGUCAUGGGUUAAAUCCCAGAAGAUUAAGCGUGAAGAAGUUGAAAAGGAUCUCGAUUUCGUCGGCUUUAUAAUUUUUGAGAACAAGUUAAAGCCUACAACUGCUGGAGUACUCAAAGAGCUCACUCGAUCGAAUAUUAACUCAGUAAUGGUAACAGGUGACAAUAUAUUGACUGCCAUCAGUGUGGCAAGGAAUUGCAGUCUCAUUGAUAAGGAUGCACAUUGUUUCGUCCCUCAUUUUGCUGAAGGAAAUUCUCGCGAUCCUAACGCGCGUUUGCAAUGGGAAAGCAUCGAUGACUCGGCAUAUCAGUUGGAUUACCGAACCCUUCUACCACUUCCUGCUCCUGUGGAUCGUGAUGCGUCGUUGCCAUACGACAUAGCGAACCUCAGAAACUAUUCCCUCGCAAUUAGCGGUGAUGUCUUUCGAUGGAUAGUUGACUUUGCUCCGAAUGAGGCUAUGCAAAGAAUGCUGGUCCGAGGUAGAGUAUUCGCUCGCAUGUCCCCGGAUGAGAAGCACGAGCUCGUGGAGAAACUUCAGAGUAUCGACUACUGUUGUGGCUUCUGCGGAGAUGGUGCGAACGACUGCGGCGCUCUUAAGGCCGCAGAUGUCGGCAUCUCGCUAUCUGAGGCCGAAGCUUCUGUUGCUGCUCCGUUCACAUCUAGGGUAUUCGAUAUUCGAUGUGUUCCUGACGUGAUCCGUGAGGGACGAGCAGCUUUAGUUACUAGUUUUAGUUGCUUCAAGUUCAUGAGCAUUUAUUCUGCCAUACAGUUCACCUCCGUUAGCUUUCUAUAUGCUUCGGCCUCGAACUUGGGAGACUUUCAGUUUCUUUUCAUCGAUGUCCUCCUUAUUCUACCGAUUGCGAUCUUCAUGGGUUGGUCAGGACCAUUUCCGGUAUUAAGCAAAAAGCGACCGACGGCAAAUCUGGUAUCAAGGAAGGUCCUUACGCCCUUGCUAGGGCAGAUGAUCAUUUGUAUACUCAUACAAGCUGCUGCAUGGAUCAUUGUGCAAAAGCAGAGCUGGUACAUCCCGCCCCACGUCAAUCCGAUUAAAUCCAAUAUCAAGAAUUCGGAAAAUACAGCUUUGUUCCUUGUAUCGUGCUUCGAGUAUACCUUCAUCGGAGUGGUUCUAAAUGCCGGACGCCCGUUUCGACAGCCGAUGAACCAAAACUGGCCAUUUAUGACCACCAUCUUCACGGCCCUGGUCCUCACGUUUUAUAUGAUUUUCGCGCCGGCUCAUUCCAUCAAGAAACUCAUGAAAUUAACCAAUAUUAGCCCAUCUUUCGAGCUCACACUUGUAGCUCUUGGUGUGCUAUACCUCAUCGUUGCCUGGAUCGGAGAGAACUACGUGUUCCAAAGACUGGCGCGAGGGUUCGCACAAGCAAAACUGGCUGUUACGAAACAGACCAAGAAGAGGAAGGAAUAUAAGGUCAUCUUGGAGCGGAUGCAAGCUUGACCUAGAUUUAAUAUCACUCAACCCAAUUAUAUAGGAGCGAGGAUUGGGAAUUUGGCGACGACAUAGCGGAUUUUAAGAGUGAGCUAGAUUUAUACCUCUUGUAUAUACUUAUAUAUAUCAAAAUUUUUGCAUGAAA